AUGCAUUCAUUUUGCUUAUCACGCAAAUACAAGACAGGUGUGCAUUGGCACAAAAGACAACUUGAUAUUCGUAUGGACAGAAUGGCGAAAUUGAUGUUUACAAAAUUGGAUGAAUUACAAAAUCAUGAAGAUUUUACUAUUGUUUUACUUCCUGCGCAGAAAAGUCUACCAUAUGAAGAAAAUAUCGUUGACUAUUUCAAGAAAUGCUGUUCAUUAGAAGCUUUUAAUGAUUACGUGAACACAGUUCAAAGUGAACGUAAAAUCCUUCUUAUUUUGACGAAUUUCUUUGACGAUCUAUCAACAUUUCAUCAAUUCCGUCAAAUUCAUGCAAUAUACAUCUUAAAUUCUUCUUCCCAACCAAUCCAAAUCGACAAACAAACCUAUUCCAAAUUAGUAGACAUUUUCACAGAUGAAUUCGUGUUAAUUGAACAAUUACGUCAAGAUAUUCUCCUUACAUACAUAAGUGAUUUCUCAAUCGAUAUUUCCACUUUAGAAGAUAUGAAAAAUCAACAAAGCUUAACUAAUUUAGAUAACACAGCACUCAUGUUUUUGUGGAAUCAAGCAUUUAUUCAUUAUCUAGUGAAUUCUCCUUUGUUACCAAUGGAUAUGAAUAAACUCAAAGAGAAGAUGUUGCGUCAAUGUCGACUGGAAUAUCCAACAAAUAAAGCUCAAUUUAUCACGAUUGAUAAUUUUGAAAGGAAUUUUAUAUACGACGAUGCAGUGAAAUGGUAUACCAAACCAUCGUUUGUCUAUCGUCUGGUAAACAAGGCAUUUNAAGAAUCUAUUUAUAUUCUCGGAGCGUUACCGUUGAUACUGUAUAUGUUGACAAACGUGGAAUUCUUUUAUUCAGUUGGAAUUAUAAGUAUUUCAUUUACAGUCAUGGUAGAAAAGUCGGCGUCAUUAUUCAUUGAUCGAGACAUUCGAAAUGCUGGAAAAAAAUAUCUUGGUCAACGUCGAACUCAAGUUUCUCCACUUGCACUCAAUAUUGCUACUAUUGCGAAAUGA